AAAGAACCUGGGUUUUGGAGAGCCAGAAAACUGUGAAACCGUACCCGUUAGCCUCUUUGUAAACAGCGUAGUAUUCAUAUUGUCUUUUAUUGGGAAUAAGUAAAACAAUGUGCAUAUGUUGUGGAUGUGGAAGUAGUCAGUGAAACAACAGAAGGAGGCAUGAGACUCUUUGAUGAAUCCAGAUGAUUCACUUUGAUAAAUGUUGUGUUUUCUGUUGUGCAGAGAGUCCAGACUACAAGCAGCGGGUUCAGUCCAUCAAAGACCUGGUCCGACAGCUUCCCGUCUGCAACCACGACACCAUGCAGACUCUCUUCAAGCACCUCAGGAAGGUGAUCGAGCACGGCGAGGAGAACCGUAUGACCACUCAGAGCGUGGCCAUCGUGUACGGCCCCACGCUGUUGCGCCCCGAACAGGAGACGUGGAACAUCGCGGUCCACAUGGUUGUACCAGAACCAGAUCGUGGAGCUCAUACUGCUGGAGUACGAGAACAUUUUCGGCAGGUAGAGAGAGACGCUGGAGGACGAGCCUCUUGUUUUUCUCUCUCACUCUCCCAACGCAGAGCUCUUCCUAACCCAGCGUGGCCCUGCCGAACACAGCCUGGCUCGGCUCGGCUCGGCUCAGCUUCUCUUCCUCUCAAAUUGUAGUCACUGGCUUUCUCCUCUCGUACAACCU